CGGUAUGGACUUAUUUCGGCUUGCUUUGUCUUCGUGCUCGUUAAAGACUCCUGAUCUCUUCAAGCGGCGGCUUCAAUCGUUCGGAAAAUGAGUCGCGGAGGGUCGGCGGGCGCCGCCGCAAAGGGCGGGAAGAAGAAAGGUUCCACCUUCGUCAUCGACUGCACUAAGCCGGUGGAUGACAAAAUCAUGGACAUCGCCUCCCUGGAGAAGUUCCUCCAGGAGCGCAUCAAGGUGAACGGAGGCAAGGCCGGCGCCCUUGGUGACGCCGUCACCGUCACUCGUGACAAGAGCAAGAUCACCGUCACCUCUGAAGGGCCCUUCUCCAAGCGAUACUUGAAGUACCUAACGAAGAAGUUUCUGAAGAAACACAAUGUGCGUGAUUGGCUGCGAGUCAUUGCUUCAAACAAGGACUGCAAUGUUUACGAACUGCGGUACUUUAACAUUGCAGAGAACGAAGGCGAGGACGAAGAUUAAUCUGCCAUGUAUCCUUUCCUCAAGUUUGUAAGGCUUUUUGUUCAGUACUGGUUGUUUAUGCUUAAACUUAAGUAAGCUUAACUUUGAAUGAAUGCUUACUAUUUCGAUUUGACGUCUCAAUGUGCCAACUUGUUUAGGUCAAAAAUAUUCUUCCUGGUAGAGAUGAUACGGUCUUUAUGAUUUUGUUGAACGUAGCAAGUAUUCUGAAUUACUUUGUGGGUGAAA